UUAAGCAAGCAAACUAAAGUUACAAUGGCAAAAUUAUUCCUUCACAUAUUAAUUGUUGUGUUUUUUAUUAUUAAUAUUAUGGUAUUUGCAAGAUUUGCUGAAGAAGGCCGCUCCCCUUUUUGUCCCAAUGAAAAUGAGGAACCUACAAUAUGUGGCACUGCUUGUCCACCGACUUGUGAAAAACCUCAAGUGGAGUUGUGUACUUUCCAAUGCAUUGUGGGUUGUCGGUGUAAAAACGGUUACAUACUACGCAAUUCUACAAAAGAAUGCGUGUUACCGGAGGACUGUUGAAGGAACAGAGAUUUAUGGAUGAAUUAAAUUUAAAUGGAUUUCAUGUACUAAUCUUUUUCUAGCAAGAUGAAAAUAAAAU